AUACACUUCGGGUUUGUAGUUCUAAUCACGUCUUUCACGAACUAAAGCAGCCAGAAGUCUGCCACGUGUUUUGUUACUGAUGUCGAAGCGUCGGAAGCUCUGCGAGCGCUCGCCGGUCGAUGCCUGAUUUGUAAUCCGAGCGCGGAAGAGCCAGGAUGCAUCGCCUGGUGACCUCGGCGGCGGCCGGGCUGCGAGCCCUGACGGCGCCCCCGUCUGCGUCCGGACGCCGAGCGACAAAGUCGUCGUCGGCGAAAACGUUUGUGAACGGCGCCAAAGGCAACUACGUGGAGGAGAUGUACCUGGCGUGGCUGCGGGAGCCCACCAGCGUACACAAGUCGUGGGAUGUCGUUUUCCGUAGCGCUCACGCCACGCAGCGAAGCCCGGCGUCUCUCCGGGGGACGCUUGCGCAGAGCGCGGCGCCCGACGUGGAGAAGCUGCUGGGAGAUCAUCUGGCCGUCCACACACUCAUACGCAACUACCAGGUGCGAGGGCAUCACAUCGCCAAGUUGGACCCUCUGGAAAUCAGCUGCGUGGACCUGGACGACGCCCCGUGUAGCAUCGGCUCCCACAAAGUUGGUUCUUACGGUCUGGAUCAUUCCGACUUAGACAAGAUGUUCCGCCUUCCCAAAACCACUUUCAUCGGCGGAAACCAGGACGCUUUGACGCUCAGGGAGAUCAUUCGCCGCCUUGAGGAGGCGUACUGCCAGCACAUCGGCGUGGAGUUCAUGUUCAUUAACGAUGCGCAGCAGUGCCAGUGGAUCCGACAGAAGUUCGAGAGCCCGGGAAUCCUGCAGUUUAGCGCCGAGGAAAAGCGGAUCGUGCUGGCCAGGAUGAUCCAAUCCACCAGGUUUGAAGACUUCCUCCAGAGGAAGUGGUCGUCGGAGAAACGUUUCGGCUUGGAAGGAUGCGAGUCGCUCAUCCCGGCCCUCAAGACCAUCAUUGACAAGUCGAGCGCGAGUGGCGUGGAGAGCGUUGUCAUGGGAAUGCCGCACAGAGGGAGGCUCAACGUUCUUGCCAACGUCAUCCGCAAGGAACUGGAACAGAUCUUCUGCCAGUUUGAUCCCAAACUGGAGUCAGCGGAUGAGGGUUCUGGUGACGUCAAGUACCACCUGGGAAUGUUCCACAAGAGGAAAAACCGAAUCAGUGACAAGUCGGUCACAUUGUCGCUGGUGGCCAACCCGUCCCACUUGGAGGCGGUGGACCCAGUCGUCCAGGGUAAGACCAAAGCCGAGCAGUUCUACAGCGGAGACACGGAGGGCAAAAAGGUGAUGUCCAUCCUUAUUCAUGGCGACGCUGCGUUCGCGGGUCAGGGGAUCGUAUACGAGACGUUCCACCUGUCGGACCUGCCGUCGUACACCACGCACGGCACCGUGCACGUGGUGGUCAACAACCAGAUCGGCUUCACCACAGAUCCCAGGAUGGCUCGCUCGUCUGCGUAUCCCACGGACGUCGCUCGGGUGGUCAACGCGCCCAUCUUCCACGUCAACGCCGACGACCCCGAGGCCGUCACGUACGUGUGCAAAGCGGCGGCCGAAUGGAGGAGCACUUUCCACAAAGAUGUGGUCGUGGACCUGGUGUGCUACAGGCGCAACGGCCACAACGAGAUGGACGAGCCCAUGUUCACGCAGCCGCUGAUGUACAAGAAGAUCAAGAGGCAGCAGAGUGUCCUGCGCAAGUUUGCGCAGAAGCUCAUCGGCGAGGGAGUGGUCACCGAGCAGGAGUACGAGGAGGAAGUGGCCAAGUACGACAACAUGUGCGAGAAAGCUUACGCUCGCUCCAAAGAUGAGAAGAUCCUGCACAUCAAACACUGGCUGGACUCGCCCUGGCCUGAUUUCUUCACUGCCGACGGGCGUCCCAAAACUACGAGCUGUCGGUCCACCGGCCUCAGCGAGGACGAACUCGGCCAUAUUGGAAAGGUGGCCGCCUCCGUCCCCGUGGAAGACUUCACCAUCCACUCAGCCUCUCGUGUUUCAGGUCUGAGUCGCAUCCUAAAGGUCCGAGCAGACAUGGUGAAGCAGCGUGUGUGCGACUGGUCGCUGGGCGAGUACAUGGCCUUGGGCUCUCUGCUCAAACAAGGCGUCCACGUUCGUCUCAGUGGUCAGGAUGUGGAGAGGGGAACCUUCAGCCAUCGACAUCACGUCCUUCACGACCAAAACGUGGACAAGAAGAUUUGCAUCCCCAUGAACCACAUCUCGAGAGACCAAGCCACAUACACCGUCUGCAACAGCUCGCUGUCGGAAUACGGAGUCCUGGGUUUCGAAUUAGGCUUUGCCAUGGCCAGCCCCAACGCGCUGGUUCUGUGGGAGGCCCAGUUCGGAGACUUCCACAACACGGCUCAGUGCGUCAUCGACCAGUUCAUCAGCUCAGGUCAGGCCAAGUGGGUCAGACAGAACGGCAUCGUGCUGCUGCUCCCCCACGGCAUGGAGGGAAUGGGUCCCGAGCACUCGUCGGCCCGCCCUGAAAGAUUUCUCCAGAUGUGCAACGACGACCCAGAUGUGAUUCCGAAGCAGCACGACGACUUUGCCGUUCGGCAGCUGUACGACUGCAACUGGGCGGUAGUCAACUGCUCCACUCCCGCCAACUAUUUCCAUGUUCUCCGCCGACAAAUGCUGCUGCCCUUCAGGAAGCCGCUGAUCGUGUUCACUCCCAAGUCGCUGCUGCGCCACCCGGAGGCUCGGUCCAGUUUUGACCUCAUGCUGCCAGGAACGCACUUCAGCCGUGUGAUCCCGGACGAGGGUCCGGCAUCCGCACAGCCCGCCGUUGUGAAGCGAGUCGUGUUCUGCACUGGAAAGAUUUACUACGACUUGCGCCGUGAGCGGAAGAAGCGAGACCUGGACGCCGCGGUGGCGCUGGUCCGCGUGGAGCAGCUGUCGCCGUUCCCGUCUGACCUGGCGCGGACCGAGAUUGAACGCUACGCCCAGGCGGACGUGGUCUGGUGUCAGGAAGAGCACAAGAAUCAAGGGUACUACGACUACAUCAAGCCCCGCCUCCAGACCACCGUUGGCCAUGCACGGCCUGUUUGGUACGCCGGCCGCGAUCCCGCAGCCGCCCCGGCGACGGGAAACAAACAAACUCACCUGAUGGAGCUGCAGCGCCUCCUCAACACCACCUUUGACCUCAACGCCUUCCCAGGAAACCACCGCUGACCUCCUCCGAGGACUUUGAAGCACUCACGCGGUCCUUCGUCGCGGCCUCGUAUCGCCGCUGGAAGCGCACAAAUGUGUUAAACGCAAACGUGUUCAUGUACACGAUCGCACACUCGAGACCUCGUGAGAACAUUUGAAGGAGAUUUGAUUUGAAUGUAAAAUGUAAAAUGGUAUUUUAUGGUAUUUUUAAGUGAUUUAUUUUUCUCCAACCUAAAUACGGUGUGCAAUUUUACCUUAUGACCAAAAAAUUAUCAGUAUGUAGCAGUAUAAGAAAUGCAGUGAACGCCCAUUGAUACGUUCCAGACGCACACUCGUAAUACGUGAAAAUCAGAGACCGUAUCAAAAUAUUCGUUGAUAUAGUAAGGGACAUUUCUCAGGGAUUUUAUGCUUAUUUUAACCUUUGAUGAUGUGAAUAAUUAAGCAACAUGUCACAUAUUACCUCGCGGGACGGACAUUUUGUCAUACGAUAGCAAACACAAAAUGUUUUGACUUUUGAUGUGAAGACAACAGAAUGUCAACUAUUUAUUUUUCAUCUUUUACUCUUGACACCACCAAUUAAAGUGAAUUGUUCUUGAUAAA